AUGUUCUGCCCUGACAUGCCUUCUGCUCAAGGUGUGCAGAUCAACAUUGUAGAUAUAGAGGUAGCCGAAGAGCUGGUGGCUGAUGAGACUGUAGCUGAGGAGGACGAUGCCAAGAAGGGUGCAACUGAUGAGGUGGCAGCAAACUUUGCUGAGCAGAUAGCUAACCUAGGUGGAGCAAUGAAGGGCGCAGUCGAUCACGCGAAAGUUGAGGAGGUCAUUGAACAGUAG